AUGUCGUCGUUCGCCAAGGCUCUGUCUCCUGCAGUUAGGGAGAUCCGUAUCCUCUGCUGUCAGACAGGCGCUGCUUCAGCAGGAACACGGCAAUUCAUCACCUCUCACUACCCGACGUUGAAGCAACAUAAUCCCGACCUCCCCAUACUCAUCCGUCAGGCGAAGGGAACUCCUGCGCGGGUAUUUGCGCGGUUCGAGCGGGGGCAGGAGAAGCACGUUGAGGUUGAGGGCCUUUCGUCCUUGGAUGUCGCAUCGCGCAUCUCGCAGCUGCUCAGCUCACCAUGAGCAAGGUCGUUAUGCUCUCCUGUAAUGACCCAUCCACUGAGUUGCACUAGCUCUCAAUCUUGCCUGUGUCGGGUCUAGUGUCGCGAAGUUUCAAGGUCGUGAUCGCCUACAUACCACCCUUCUCUCUGCGUUCUAGUCUGGACCCCAAGGAUCUGCCUUCGAUGCUGUUGUGGCUAUGCGGUCAGCAUCAGCCGGCGUCGGUUCCUGCGUUCCUUGCUCUCCGCUCAGUAAGUGCCACGUU